AUGAGUGAAAGAAAUACUCGUAUUGCAAUUGUCAGUGACGAUAGAUGUAAGCCGAAGAAAUGUCGUCAAGAAUGUAAAAGGUCGUGCCCGGUUGUCAAGACAGGUAAACUGUGUAUCGAGGUUACACCUACGUCCAAGCUUGCAUUUAUUUCAGAAACCCUGUGUAUUGGUUGUGGUAUUUGUGUCAAGAAAUGUCCAUUUGACGCCAUUCAAAUUAUCAAUUUGCCCACAAAUUUGGAAGCAGAGGUUACACACCGUUAUUCUGCGAACAGUUUCAAACUUCACAGACUCCCUACGCCUCGUCCAGGCCAAGUUCUGGGUCUUGUGGGAACUAACGGUAUCGGUAAGUCUACUGCGCUUAAAAUUUUAGCCGGUAAGCAAAAACCCAACCUAGGUAGAUACGAUGAUCCUCCAGAAUGGCAGGAAAUCAUCAAGUAUUUCCGUGGUUCUGAAUUGCAAAACUACUUCACAAAGAUGUUGGAAGAUGACAUUAAAGCAAUCAUUAAGCCUCAAUACGUCGACAACCUGCCCCGUGCCAUUAAAGGGUCGAUUCAAAAAGUUGGUGAACUGUUAAAAGUUAGAAUGGAUCGUUCUGAAGACGAGGUAAAGAGCCUGAUCAACGCUUUAGAUCUUAAAAACCUUUUGAAAAGAGAAGUGUCGGCCCUCUCUGGUGGUGAGUUGCAAAGAUUUGCCAUUGCCAUGUCCUGUGUUCAAAACGCCGAUGUGUACAUGUUCGAUGAGCCAUCGUCAUAUCUGGAUGUUAAACAGCGUUUGAAGGCUGCAUUGGUCAUCAGAUCUCUAUUAGACCCCACCACGUAUGUCAUCUGUGUCGAGCACGAUUUGUCCGUACUUGAUUAUCUGUCCGAUUUCAUCUGUAUCCUUUACGGUGUUCCAUCCGUGUACGGUGUUGUUACGUUACCAUCUUCCGUAAGAGAAGGAAUCAACAUUUUCUUGGACGGUCAUAUUCCAAGUGAAAACAUGAGGUUCAGAACUGAAGCGUUGCAAUUUAGAAUGGUCGACGCUCAAGAUCCUAUAGAGAUUGACGCUACCCGUGGUUAUGCCUACCCAUCCAUGCGUCGUACUCAAGGUGAUUUCCGCUUAUCGGUUGAAGAAGGUGAAUUUUCCGAUUCUGAAAUUUUGGUCAUGAUGGGUGAGAAUGGUACAGGUAAGACCACUUUAAUCAAAUUGCUCGCCGGCGCAAUUGCAGCCGAUGAUGGCCAGAAAGUGCCGAAGCUUAACGUCUCUAUGAAACCACAAACCAUUGCCCCAAAAUUCCCAGGUACGGUGAGACAGCUUUUUUUCAAGAGGAUAAGAGCACAGUUUUUGAACCCACAGUUUCAGACAGAUGUGGUAAAACCUCUCAAAAUCGAAAGUAUUCUUGACCAAGAAGUGCAGCACUUGUCCGGUGGUGAAUUGCAAAGAGUUGCUAUUGUUCUUUCUCUAGGUCUUCCCGCUGACAUUUACCUAAUUGACGAACCUUCCGCCUACCUUGACUCCGAACAGCGUAUCAUUUGUUCCAAGGUUAUUAGGAGAUUUAUCCUGCAUAACAAGAAAACGGCAUUCAUAGUCGAGCACGAUUUCAUCAUGGCAACAUAUUUGGCCGACAAAGUCAUUGUUUUUGAGGGUACUCCCUCUAAGGACGCCCACGCAAGAUCUCCAGAGAGCUUGCUAACCGGCUGUAACAGGUUUUUGAAGAAUUUGAAUGUGACGUUCAGAAGAGAUCCAAACUCUUUCAGACCCAGAAUUAACAAACUCGAUUCCCAAAUGGACAAAGAGCAAAAAUUGUCUGGUAACUACUUUUUCUUGGAUAGUACUGGUGUUUAA